GGAAACCCCCAAAAAUUGGAAGAAACCCUAGAGUAACAAUUGAUCAAGAAUCAUGGUGAGGAGAAACAUCGAAAUCAAGCUGAUCGCCAACAAAUCAUACCGACACACGACCUUCACCAAACGACGGAAAGGCCUCAUGAACAAGACCGAGGAAUUGUGCCGGGCUUCUGAUUCCGAGGGGAUCGUGAUCAGCUUCUCCGACGCCGGAAACUGCUACUGCCUCGGCCAUCCCGACAUCGGCUCCGUCUUGCACCGCUACUUGGGGGAGGAGGAACGUGUCCGCGGUGGAGAGGAGGCGGAGAAAAUAAUGGGUGAUGCGUUGGAGAGCGGGGAGUGGGCGGAGGCGGCGAAGGGGUUGGGAUUGGAUGGGCUUGACCGAUUCUAUGCGGAGUUGGAGAACGUCAGCCGAAAAUUGGAGGCGCUUGCGGCGGCUCUAUCUUAGAUUGCAUCGAUCGACCUUUCAUAUUUUGCCUACUGUAAUCCAAUUAAAUUUAUUUUGCCUACUGUAAUCAAAUUAAAUUUCAAAUUUAAUUGGAGUAGGUUUGUAGAAUGCGUUGUUCUAUCUUAUUUUAUUUUUGGUUUUUUCAGAGAUUGAGUUAAAUAA